AUGAAAGCAGUGGACGGCAACGGUUUCUUGAGUGGGCCAGCGAGCAAAGCAGCAAAAUUGCUUGGGAACACGAUAUUGGGAUGUACUGAUGAAAUCGGCUACAACGAGAAGGUGCUUUCCUGUGAGAAUCGGUCGAAUCGCAACUGCUUCGAUCACGAGGCCGUUUGUGGAAAGUGCAUGCACGAUCAUGCCGAAUCGAUCCACGUCAUGGAUAAGCAACGCUACAGCACCGAACUCGUCGCUCGUCGUCACGACAUUGAGGAAAAGAUCCGUGAUUUCAUCAACAAGAUGGAGACGAAGUUCUUUGAUGAAUCGAUUGGUCAUGUGACGCCCGAGGCCGAGGCGAGCAAGGCUGAACCUGCGGUUGUUCCAAGCGAGGUCGCGGCAUCUGCUCAUGACGAAUCGAAUACGGACCAGGAGGAGGACAAUCAUGAUAAAGGGAGCUGCUCUGCAGAAACUCAAGCCCACUCGGGACCGGUGAGCCACUUGGAGAAGGUGAAGCCACGAAUUGCCGCCGACAAAGCCCGCUCUCUUCCCGAUGAUGAGAUUCGUGAGGACUUCGAUGAUGACUUUACUAAGGUUGUUGAGGGGAAAAAAGCCGAACUGCUGAAGCUUCGUUCUUACUUCAAUGAGGCCUCCAUGUUUCCCUGCAAGUUCAGCAAUUCUGGCUGUGGAUCGACAUUUCAUCGUUACGAUAAAGCGGGCCAUGAAGAGGCGUGUGAGUUCAGACCCUACAGCUGCCCUUGCCCUGGUGCGGUGUGCAGAUGGCAAGGAGCCCUUCAAGAAGUGAUGCCACAUUUAAUUAAGAUCCAUAAGAGCUUUAGGACUUUACAAGGCGAGGACAUUGUCUUUUUGGCUACCGACAUCAAUUUAACGGGUGCAGUUGAUUGGGUCAUGAUGCAGAGCUGUUUUGGAUAUCACUUUUUGCUAGUACUCGAGAAGCAGGAAAAGUCCCAACAGCCCAUUUUCUACGCCGUUGUUCAACUGAUUGGGGCCAAAAAAGAAGCCGAAAACUUUAAGUACAGACUUGAAUUGUCAACUUGUCAUCGUCGCCUUGUAUGGGAAGCCAAGCCGCGGUCCAUUCACGAGGGAGUAGCGCACGCCAUUUCACAAUCCGAUUGCCUUGCUUUUGAUACACAAACCGCUCAACUUUUUGCCGAAAACGGGAACUUAGGAAUAAACGUGACCAUUACGCAACUCAACGCAUCA